UUAACUCUACUAUUCAGAUUGUGGAACACAAAGAAGCUUUAUGUACAUCCAAUGCCUUGGAAAUUUUGAGCAAGUAUCCUUGAUAAAAUUAAUUUGAUAUGCUAUGAUUUCCUCUUCAUGUUAUAGUAUAUUUGGUAUUUUUGGGUCAAUAAAGCUUGAAUAUGUUGAUUUCCAUGACUGUGAUGCUUCCUAGGUAUGACAUAGUAAUAGAUGCAACAGACAAUGCUCCUAGCCGUUAUCUAAUCAGUGAUUGUUGUGUGGUAUUGGGUAAGCCUCUUGUAUCAGGUGCCGCUAUAGGAUUGGAAGGGCAGCUUACAGUUUACAAUUACAAUGGAGGUCCAUGUUAUCGGUGCCUAUUUCCAACUCCACCUCCUACGACAGCAUGUCAAAGAUGCUCUGAUAGUGGUGUUCUGGGAAUUGUUCCUGGUAUUAUUGGCUGCCACCAAGCCCUUGAAGCUAUAAAGAUUGCAAGUGAUGUUGGUGAACCACUCUCAAGAAGGAUGCUUCUUUUUGAUGCAUUGACUGCACAGAUUCGUAUCGUCAAGAUCAGAGGGAGGUCAUCACAAUGUGAAGUUUGUGGUGAAAAUGCGGCAUUCACCGAAAAGCAAUUUCAAGAGUUUGACUACAAGAAAUUCACACAAUCUCCCCUGUCCAUGAUCCGAAGAUUUUUGUCUGUGAACUAUUGA